AUGGCGAAGGGACCGUUCCUCACGGCUGAGGACUUCAAGUCGUGUUUCAACCUCUUCUGCUGCAUCUACGGCAUUGGUACACUUGGUAUGCCCGGCAACUUCGCUCGCGCCGGCCCCACCCUGGCAUGUUUCGCCUUGGCCUUCAUGGCCUUCGCCAACACGUACUCGUCCAUCACCAUGUCCAAGGUCAUGCUGCUCGCCCCCAGGUCGGUCAACACGUUCGGAGACCUCGGGGAAUGGAGCAUGGGUAAGACUGGCCGCUGGCUGUGCGUCAUCUCGCAAAUGGGCUCUUCGCUCUUGAUCCCGUGCGUCUUCUUGAUCCUCGGCGGUCAACUGCUCGACGGCCUCUUCCCGGACGCAUGGAGCCAAAACACGUGGACCAUUUUCAUGGCGCUGAUGGUCUUGCCGGUGUGCCUCAUUCCCACGCUCAAGGAGGGCUCCGGCGCUGCAUUCGCCGGGUGCAUGGGCACCAUCAUCGCUGAUAUCAUUGGCGUAUCGGUCGUUAUGUACGGCAUGCGCGGCCACCCGAGUGUGCCGUUCCCCGACCUCAAGUUUGAGCAGGUGGCCAACAUGUUUGGCAACUUGUCCCUCGCCUAUGGCGCUGGCAUUAUCAUCCCGGACCUGCAGCGUCAGCAUAGUGACCCGACCCGCAUGCCCCGCGUUGUCGGCGUCACUGUCAUCUUCGUGUCGUGCCUCUUCUUGAUCCUCUCGAGCACUGCGUACUCGGCUGUGGGCUGCCAGAUCUCGGGCAACCUGCUCUUCACUAUCUACCCGGACAGUGACACGGGUAUGACGUCGCUCGGCUUCAAGCCGCGGUGGGGAGUCGUUGUGAUGGCAUAUUUGUUCAUGCAGCUGCACAUUACCAUCGCCUUCUCGGUGAUCCUGAACCCGGCCUUCUACAUCUCGGAGCGUCUGCUGCUGGGCAUGCACAAGAAGAAGAACGAGGAGCUCGAGAACGGCUUCGGCUUUGAGGAGUCUGCUACGCCUGCCGACUUGCUGUCGAAGCACUCGGACCCCGGUUACGCCAGUGUCAGCCACCCGGUUCGUCGCAGCUCCAAGAUGUCCUUUGUGUCGGUGGCGGACUCGGAGCGAGUGCACAAGGACAACGAAGAGGAGGAAGCUGCGGAGUACACGGGCUCGAACGCGCUCAAGUACGUGGCGCUGCGUAUCGCCAUCGUGGUGGCGCUGGUGAUUCUGGCCAUCGUGUUCAAGGACCACUUCUCGGAGUUCGCGGACUUCGUGGGCGCGUCGUGCAUCACCAUGAACUGUAUCCUGCUGCCGAUUGUGUUCUACCUCAUCAAGGCGUGGGAGCGCGUGCCCAUGUACGAGAAGGUCGCUGGCAGCAUCGUGCUGCUCGUCUGCUUCGUGCUCGGAUGCUACGUAUCGUACACGACCGGCAAGGACCUGUUCUUCCCCACCGACAACGACGCGGAAUUCCCCUACUGCGACUCCGAGUACGAGAACAAGGUGUACUACAACUACACUGCUGCGCACGAGACCUAA